CCGACCAUGGCGGACGCACCGGGCACCUCGAGGCUCGGCACCUGCCAGACCUGCGCCGCCCAACCGGCGCGCUACAAGUGCCCCGCCUGCUCGUUCCCCUCGUGCUCCCUCGCCUGCUCGACCGCACACAAGCAGGCCGCGCCCUGCUCCGGCGUCGCCCCACCCGUCUGGAGUCGGCCCCUGCAGGCCAACGAGAUGACCUGGGGGUCCCUCAUGCGCGACCAGAGCUACAUCGCCGGCGUCAACCGCGCCGUCGAGGACGUCGGCCGCCAGCUCGUCGCCGACAAGGUCCUCCCGCAAGGGCGCGGCUUCGGCCGACCGGGCGACGACACCGAGUCGGUCCGGCUCGACGAGCGCAACGACCGCGAGGAGCGCAUCGUGCGCGAGGCGCAGCGCGACGGCGUCGAGCUGGUCCUCCUCCCCAAGGGCAUGAGCAAGCGCCUCAAGAAUGGCACGCACUGGAACCACAAGCAGAACCGCCUCGAGUGGACCGUCGAGGUCGCGUUCCAGCCCCGACCCUCGUCCGACCCUUCCUCGACCCCUCCUUCCCCUGUCGUCAUCACCACCGUCCCUCAGCCCGCCACGUCGACCCUCUACGCCGUCCUGACGUCGGCGCUCGGCUCGCGCGACAAGAAGGGCAAGGGCAAGGCGCGCGACCCGGACGACGACGCGUGGAUCCUCGCCGAGAAGGCCUGGGUCGACUCGUUCAAGCCGAGCACGACCGCGGCGACGCAGGAGCGUGUCGAGAAGGACGGUGCGGCCGAGGCGGGAGCAGACGAGCGCGAGGGAGUCGAGAGCGAGGUCGUCGCGGACGAGGGAGCACCGGCCGAGGCGGCCGAGACUGCGCCGGCGGACGCAGCAGCGGCCGAAGCGGACGUCGCGCCGCUCUCGACGAGCACUGCGCCGACGGAAGAACCCGCACCCGCCGCGCCCGACGACUCGCCUUUCGUCCUCCUCCUCGCCUUUUACGUCCGCCUUGCGCCCUCGCUCGACGACGGCUACGCCAACGCCACUUCUUCCUCCUCCUCCAGCAAAGCCUCCCGUCCACCCGCUCGCCAAGUCCACCUCGUGACGCCGACGGCGUCGCUCACGCUGCGCCAAGCGCUCGCCGGCGCGACGGUCCUCGAGACGCCGUUGUUCGAGGUGUGGCCGCGCGAGACGUUCUUGCGGCAGCAGCUCCUCGGCCGCCUCAAGGUCGUCGAGCAGCCGAGCGCGGCGGACGUUGCUGCGCGUCGAGGAGAGGCGGCGGGAGGGUGGGACCGCGGUCGUGGGCGAGGGAGAGGGCGAGGACGAGGGGAGGGGCGCGGUCGAGGAGGAGGAGCAGGUGGGUCGAGCGGUCGGGGCGCUCACCAUGGCGGGGCGGGCGGCGGCGACGAGCAGCAGUGGGGCGGGCCGCAGGACAGCGGCUGGGGCAGCAAGCGGGGCGGUGCAGCGGUCGAGGGCGGCGACGAGAAGCGGGCUCGAGUCGACGACGGCGCCAGGUUGCCUGCGCGGCCAGAGGGAGCGUAGCCUCGUCGAGCAACGAUGCCCGUGUCGCUC